AUUCAACUCCAUAAGCAGUUUGAAUUGGAAAAUUUUGCAAGCAGAAGUCAUGUGUUUCCUUCGUGGGUGCUUCUUCUUCAUCUUCUCCUUUGCAAAACCAAAACCAUUACUCUCUCAUUCUUCUUCUUCUUCUUCAUCACAUGAAGACUUCAGUUCAACAAUCAGCACCACCAAAUGACUCCUCCACCUUUCUCUAACAACCCCACGCUUCAGGAGCGGAGGCUCACCAGACAGAGGAAGCUCCGCUACCUCACCGACCACGACGCCGGCUUCCGUUUAACCACCGACACGUGUCCUUCCUCUUUUUCUUCUCUGCCGGCUUCUCCUCACCGCUCCGAUUCCGACCACUGGUCUUCCUCCGCUGUCCCUCAACCGCUUCCCCGACCCGAAUCGCAGUUGACCCGACGACCCGAUAUCCCCCUUCCCGGAUCUCCGGCCUCCGAACAUCCACCCUAUGCUUUUUCCAGAAAGUCAGUGGAUCAUGAUGGAGUGAGAGGUUGUAGGUCUUCAAGCAAUUUGGGUAGACCCUCUUUUGAUUCUUGCACUGCAAACGCAAAGGAUGAUUUGAGAGUGAAUAUUCCUUCUGAUAGAGUCUUAACAGGUGGAAAUGGUUCGUGGAAGGAUCCGAGAGAAGUUCUCUCUCAUCAUGAUAAUGACUCGGAAAGUUAUAUAACUUAUAUUUCCAACUUAAAAUUGCAUUUUGCUGCCAAGAGUGCCCCAACAAGCAUAUUCUCUAGUCCUGUUACUAGUCCACGUAGGUUGAGCAGUGUGGAUUUAUUUAAUCCUUCCAUCAAUUUCCCUCCAGAUUUUAAUGAUGUUUUCAAGGGGUUGCCGGCUAAGACUGCUCAUAGUCCAACGGAUCGGUCUCCUCUUCGUAGCCCUGGGUGCCACAGUCCUAAACUCAACCCUAGCAUUCAAGGGGAAUCUCUGAACCAUAAAACUUGCCCCAGAGUGUGGCCUGAAAAUAACCAUGUUGAUGCACAUCCAUUGCCCCUUCCACCAAAGGCUUCACCACCACCGCAAGCACAAUCAUCUACACUGCAUCCGUCAAGUAUCAUGCAUCACACAGCAGAAAAUUCACCUUCUAUGAAAGGUCAAUGGCAGAAAGGAAAACUUAUUGGUCGUGGAUCGUUUGGAAGUGUUUAUCUUGCAACAAACUUAGAGACUGGAGCCUCAUGUGCCAUGAAAGAGGUGGAUCUGUUUCCUGAUGAUCCUAAAUCUGCUGACAGCAUAAAGCAACUAGAACAGGAAAUCAAAAUUCUUGGUCAACUACACCAUCCCAACAUUGUGCAGUAUUAUGGAAGUGAAAUAGUUGGUGAUCGAUUGUGUAUAUAUAUGGAGUAUGUGUAUCCUGGAUCACUUAAUAAGUUUAUGCAUGAACAUUGUGGGGCUAUGACAGAAUCUGUGGUUCGCAAUUUUACUCGGCAUAUUCUUUCUGGAUUGGCAUACUUACAUAGUACCAAGACUAUCCACAGAGAUAUAAAGGGUGCAAACUUGCUGGUGGAUUCAUCAGGCAUUGUCAAGCUUGCAGAUUUUGGGGUGUCAAAAAUUCUGACAGAGAAGUCAUUUGAACUUUCAUUAAAGGGAAGUCCCUAUUGGAUGGCUCCAGAGCUCAUGAUGGCUGCCAUAAAGAAAGAAUCUAAGCCUGAAAUUGCAAUGGCCAUUGACAUAUGGAGCUUAGGGUGCACCAUCAUCGAAAUGCUGACAGGAAAACCUCCAUGGAGCGAGUUUGAAGGGCCUCAAGCCAUGUUCAAGGUACUACACAAAUCCCCAGAUAUACCCAAAAGUUUAUCUUCAGAGGGACAGGACUUCCUUCAGCAGUGUUUCAGAAGGAAUCCUGCAGAUCGACCAUCCGCAGCAGUUCUUCUUACACAUGCAUUUGUACAAAAUCUGCAUGAUCAAGAUGUUCUAGUUCAUUCCCAUGGAUCUCCUAGAGUAGACUCCGGAACAAGAGAUGAUUCACGCAGACAUAGUCCUGGACACAGUUCAAAAAAUAGCCGUGGUGUAGUGCCAGCCUCCAUGCGCGCACGGAUACGUUACAAAAUUUCUAAUUUAUUCGGAGACAGUUCAAAAAAGUAUGACACUGAUCAGGAAUCUAGUCCUAUUACAUCUUCUCGUGACUCUCGUUGCUCACGGUCGGAAGCUAACAGUCCUCAAUCUCCCUUGAAAGCUAGUACUCUCAACUCCUUGAGUGUUACUAAACCCACCAACUUACCUUUCACCAUUAUGAGAAUCAUGAGGCACCUUUGAAUCAUGUCAUCAGCUUUGAUUUCAGUUUUAAGUUACAAGGAUGCAGCUGGACAGGGACUAGGGCAUGAAGCUAGAAUUUAUCAAUACUCAUGCAGUCUUGCUAGGUAUAUUGGAUAAUUAUCAUUACAUGGACUUAGAAGCUACAAGUUCACUAUGUUGAGAAAUACACAUCAACUGGAAGAGGUUAAAGAAAUGUCAUUUGUAGUUAUGUACAUAACAAGGAUAGGUUAGUUGAACUUAUUCCCACGCAAGACAUAUACCAGCGUAAAUUUAAUUGAUUAUACAUUUUGAAAGACAA